AUGUCAACAUCAGAGGAAGCACCACCACCACCUUAUACGGAGAGUCCCAACUCCAAACAUUCUACACAUAGAGAACGAAAUGGCAUUCCACCUCAAAGUCGUCGUUCUAUGGAAGAUGAAGCUCGUCCUCUUCCCGAUGGAUGGGUUCGUCAAUACGACCAAGAACUAAACCAUCAAUUCUUUGUUGACACCACCAAGAACCCCCCCAGAUCCAUCUGGCACCACCCCUACGACGAUGAUUCAUACAUGAGUUCUCUAACCUCCGUCGAGCGCAGCAAAAUCGAAGGCAUUCACCGCGUUCCCAGCGAAGCCGACAUCGAAGCCGAAAGCACCGACGAUGAAUAUGCUCCUCUCCCCAAACGCCCUGCACCAAACAGCAGCAUGGCCGAGAACCCCACUGGGAUACACAAACUAGGCCGACAAUUAAAAGAUAAAAUCACCAACUCCACGCAUCCAGAACGAGAAGCGCGCCGUCGCAAGCGCGAAGAAGAAGAAGCGGCCGCCUAUCGACGCCAUCAAGCUAUCCGCGCUGCGAUGAGUAAAGCGGCUCGAACAGGCGAACCUCAACUUAUUGGCCAAGAUCGCAAUGGAAAGGAUGUGUAUAUUGAGCCGCCGUAUAGUUCGGGGAUGAAUCGGGCGGUGUAUCCGCGUGGCGGGUAUGGUUAUAAUCCGUAUAUGUCUGGGAUUCAGGGCCCGUUUGGUAUGAGUCCGUAUGGGGGUAUGAGUUCGAUGUAUGGGAGACCCAAUACUCCGUAUAGGAGACCAUAUGCGGGUGGUUAUGGUGGGGGUAUGGGCAUGCCGUUGGCGAUGGGAUUGGGUGGGGGUAUGAUGAUGGGCGGUUUGAUGUUUUAG